AUGGGGGAGCCAUCACUUUUUGAUAAAAUGAUCAACCAUCUCCGUGCAACUUCCAAGUAUUAUACUGGUUAUCCAAAGGAUCUUGGGCCAUCAAGGAUCAUCCAUUUUACAUCAGAACGUGAGUUUGUGCAGCUCCUUCACGAAGGCUAUCCCGUGGUUGUUGCAUUCACCCUCAGGUGUAAUCUCACAAAGCAUCUUGAUAGCGUAUUGGAGGAAGCCGCAGCCGAGUUUCAUCCGCAUGUAAAAUUUAUGCGUGUUGAAUGCCCAAAAUAUCCUGGAUUCUGUAUUACGAGGCAGAGGAAGGAAUAUCCAUUUAUAGAAAUAUUUCAUAGUCCCCAACAAACACUUAACCAGGGAAGGGUUGCUGAUCCAAAUAUUACAAAGUACGCUGUGAAAGUUCUACCUUUCAAUUACGACACUAGUGCCUAUGGAUUUAGAGAAUUUUUCAAGCGGCAUGGAAUACAGGUUUCAAAUCCACAGUGA